GAGACCAGCUGUGCUUCUCUGGUCUCAGCUCUGAAGUCCAACCCCUCCCAUCUGAGAGAGCUGGAGCUGAGUGGAAACGAGCUGCAGGAUUCAGGAGUGAAGCUGCUGUGUGCUGGACUGGAGAGUCCACACUGCAGACUGGAGACUCUGGGAUUGUGGGGCUGCAGGUUGUCAGAGACCAGCUGUGCUUCUCUGGCCUCAGCUCUGAAGUCCAACCCCUCCCAUCUGAGAGAGCUGGAGCUGAGUGGGAACGAGCUGCAGGAUUCAGGAGUGAAGCUGCUGUGUGCUGGACUGGAGAGUCCACACUGCAGACUGGAGACUCUGAGAUUGUGGGGCUGCAGUUUGUCAGAGACCAGCUGUGCUUCUCUGGCCUCAGCUCUGAAGUCCAACUCCUCCCAUCUGAGAGAGCUGGAGCUGAGUGACAACAAGCUGCAGGAUUCAGGAGUGAAGCUGCUGUGUGCUGGACUGGAGAGUCCACACUGCAGACUGGAGACUCUGAGAUUGAGUUGGUGCAGUUUGUCAGAGACCAGCUGUGCUUUUCUGGCCUCAGCUCUGAAGUCCAACCCCUCCCAUCUGAGAGAGCUGGAGCUGUGUGGAAACAACCUGCAGGAUUCAGGAGUGAAGCUGCUGUGUGAUCUUGUGGAGAGUCCACACUGCAGACUGGAGACUCUGAGGUCAGUAGAGGGCUGGAAUGCUGGUGAUCUCUGUCAGAGUGGUUGCGUUGAGAGGACCAGCUGUGUCCUGAUGAUCCAGAGGUUGAAGCAGCAGCAGCAGCAGCAGCUGGUGUGUGGAGAGGCUCUGACUGGGCCAUGA